GUUUUCAUUGACUCUUGGGUAAGUAAUGACUAUACUGCCCAAAUUACACGACCAUACACCGCAUGGUGCUCACCGACGUCGUUUUGUAGUACCCUUUGGCCGAGUACAGCAUAUCCCCGCACCAAUUUCAACUCCCCCGCACAAACGAAAUCCCUUACCUCCAAGAACCCCUGAGUAAGCCCUGCUCAUUGAUCUGAUUUAUCAUCGUCCAAGGGUUUCUGAAGCCAAAUUAAUCAUGGAUGGGGUUGGAGGUGAUGCUCCCUCGACAGCAGCUGCAGCACUAAACCAACGGAGGCACGAACUAUCAAAACUUUUCCAGUACUAUUUAGAUAAAUCAACUCCUCACUCUCUUUAUCGAUGGAUUGGGACUUUUGUUUUAGUGUGCGUUUAUGCUCUGAGAGUUUACUACCUUCAAGGGUUCUACAUUGUGACGUAUGGUUUGGGAAUCUACAUUCUUAAUCUGCUAAUUGGGUUCUUGUCACCUCUUGUUGACCCUGAGCUGGAACCUUCAGAUGGUCCUAUGCUGCCGACAAAAGGCUCUGAUGAAUUCAAGCCUUUCAUCCGCCGCCUUCCUGAGUUCAAAUUCUGGUAUGCCAUCACAAAGGCUUUCUGUGUAGCAUUCGUGAUGACCUUCUUUUCCAUGUUCGAUGUCCCAGUUUUUUGGCCGAUAUUAUUGUGCUACUGGUUUGUCCUUUUCGUGCUAACGAUGAAACGUCAAAUAAUGCAUAUGAUCAAGUACCGAUACAUACCAUUUAACAUUGGUAAACAGACUUACAAAGGAAAAAAGCCUGCAGCUAGUGGAAGCAGCCCUCGAGCAGACUAAAGUUCAAUCAACCUAUAAGGGUCUCCUAAUCAGAAGAGAUGGAAUAGAGAAACAACAUGAGAUGGAGAAUGCCAUGGGGAAUUUAAGUUUGUUAGUUCUAUAUUUUACAUUUAUAAAAUGACAUACGACUUGUUGGAGAGUUAUCAGCGAACUCCUCAGUUGCACUUUUAUUCCAGUAUGUUGGGAGAAACUGUUUAUGAUGCAGGAAAGAAAAGUUAAUUUUGUUUUAGAUGAACUGCAUAAUUAUUGAUUAUUGUGUAACGUGACACUCAAAAUUUAUUUGGUUAUUCUUGAAAAUGCUGCCUCGUAAUCUUUUGUUAUGCAUG